AUGUACUCAAACAGGGUUCCACUGGAGAAAGUUUCCAUCAAGAAAGAGCUACCGAAGGAUUUGUUGCCAUUGAGUACCAUCAAAGUCACUUGGUCAUCCAACCGAACAAGGACGAUCUAUAAGCCUGAGAGCCUAUACGCCUAUCUGACCAGGUUUGGUCCAAUAGACGCUGUCUACCCCAAGAGCGUCAACUCCGCCUACGUGGUCUUCUCUGACCUCGAAGCUGCCAAAGCCUGCAUUCAGUGCACCGAUCUGGGCCGCCCCUGGGAUCCCCUGUUUGCUUUCUGGGCAGAACCGAGGAUGUACAACUCCAGCUUCUACUAUAAAUACGCCACAGCCGAGAACCUUCCUAUCCGGGUACGAAUGUGA